AUGCCCUGGAUUCAAUCACUUAUCAUCAAGCUUUGGGGGAAGACCGUGGGCUACAACUAUCUUCUAAGAAAGCUUAAAUCCAUGUGGAGAAUCAAUGCCCAUUUUGACUUAGUGACUCUGGAAAAUGACUAUUUUUUGGUAAGAUUCUCAUCUGUUUCAGAUUAUGCGUUUGCUAAACAAGAAGGGCCUUGGAUGAUCUUAGAUCAUUAUCUAGUUGUCAAGGAGUGGUCUCCCAACUUCGACCCAACCACAGAUAAGACAGAAAACUUGCUUGUUUGGGUCAGGUUUCCUUGCCUUCCCAUAGAAUACUUCAACUUCAGAUUUCUGGAAAAAGUUGGGAAGAAGAUUGGGCGACCAAUUAAAGCAGAUAUGAAUACCAGCACAGGUUCCAGAGGUCGGUUCGCUAGAAUACUGGUAGAGGUCGACAUUUCUAAGCCCCUCCUGUCCAAGUUUAAACUUAAAAAAAGGAUCCGAAUCAUUGAAUAUGAAGGAUUACACUUGGUCUGUUUUCGGUGCGGCAUCUAUGGCCGCAGAAAAGAGACAUGUCCAACAAAGAACAAAAAUCCAGAAGCUUAUGGUGAAGAGGGCCGGCAAUGUGGAACCUCCGGCAACAAACCAGCCGGAAAGGAGACCGUUUGGAAAACUACUGAUUCAUCCCAUGCCGACAACACGCCAACGGUCAUCAGACCAGAAGUUACCGAGGGGUAUGGGUCAUGGAUGUUGGCAAAAAGAAAGGAAAGGCGUUUCGUCCAAGGUAGCAGUGGCCGACAGCAAGCCAGUGAAGCUAGUGGAAACAACAGGAAAAGCAAGCAUGGCACUAACGAGGGUGGUAGUGGAAGAGAGAAUAAUCCGCAUGUAAAGCCGUUGGGCCAAAGCUCCAGAUUUGGCGUGUUAUAUGGUCUUGAUGAUCCAACUGAACAAAUGGAACCUACAUAUGUAGAGAAGACUAAAUCUGGACUAACUAAUCAAGGGACCUUUAGAGAUAAAGGAAAGAAGCCAGUCAAACAACCAACAAGGGAACACAGUGAUAUUGAUACAGACAAGGCCUUGCCUAAAGACAAGAGUGGUAGAAAUGGCGGAAACUACAAGGGAGAAUCCAGUGGCACCAAGACCGGAAACUACAAAGGGGAAUCCAGUGGUACCAAGACGAGACCGAAGAGUAGACAAGCGGCCGCUGAAACCGAACACACAUUGGUCAUAGGAUCUAGAGGAGGAGAAACCGUGAGAUAUACCGUGCAAGAAGAUAUACCACCCAAUGAGUCUGACUGGGCAAUGGAAGAGUGGGGGGAUUGGAGGGAACACCCUAAUGAUCCACCUCAUUACGGUGCUCUUGAGGAUGAUAUGGAGGAAGAGUAUUUCGUGGAAUAUGGAUGA